UGUCAGAUGAGUAAAUUCAAUAGACAGGAGUUAGGAAGGGGGAGGAGUGUGUUCUAGUCACUGUUUUUUUUUGUUUUGUUUUGUUUUUUUGGUCUUUUUGAGACAGGGUCUCCCUGUAGCCCCAGCUGGUCUGGAAUUCACUUUGUAGACCAGGCUGGCCUUGAACGCACAGAGAUCCACCUGCCUCUACUUCCCAAGUGCAGGGAUUGAAGGUGUGUGCCACCAUGCCCGGCUGUCACUGGGUUUUUAGUGAGUUGCUUAGGAGAUGACAUUGACCAAAGACCUCAACAAGAUGAGGGUCCCUUUGGUGUAUAUACAUGUCAGUGGGGAGAGCAAUCCAUGCAGAUGAACAGCAGCAAGUGCAAGUCUAGUGUGAUGGUUCACACAUGUAAUCACAGCACUUGGGAGGCCAAGGUAGAAGAAUAAGGGAGUCCAGGCUACCCUUGGGUACAUAGUUCCAGGCCAGUGUAAGCUACCUGAGACCUUGUCCAAAUAUAACAGAAAAGAGCAAAAAGCCCUAAGACAUAAAUGUGCUGUACUUGAUCAAGAAAGAACAGAGGCCCGGUGUGGUGUUGCCUGCCUUUAUCCCAGCACUAGGGAGGAAGAGGCAGGGCAGAGGUCUCUGUGAACUUGAAGGCCAGGUCUGCAUAUUGAGUUCCUGACCAACCAGGGCUGUAGUGAGACCUUGUCUCAAAACAACAAAAAACCAGCCAAGUGGCCUAUGGCAGAAUAAGCUGUGUCUAGAGUGAGGAAUGACCAUUCUGGUGCCAGAUGGCCCUAAGCAAAUCAAUGCAUGCAAGAAAUAGAUACAAGGACAAACCGCCCGAUUUCGCAUAUCUCGCAUCCAAAUAUCCAGAUUUUAAGCAGCAUGUUCAGAUAAAUCUGAAUGGAAGAGUAAGUCUUAAUUUCAAAGACCCUGAAGCAGUCAGAGCCCUGACUUGUACUCUCCUAAGAGAAGAUUUUGGACUUUCUAUUGAUAUUCCAUUGGAGAGACUAAUUCCCACAGUUCCUUUGAGACUCAACUAUAUUCAUUGGGUAGAAGACCUGAUUGGUCAUCAGGACUCUGGCAAAAGUACUCUUCGAAGAGGAAUUGACAUAGGUACUGGAGCAUCCUGCAUCUACCCCUUACUUGGAGCAACUUUGAAUGGCUGGUAUUUCCUUGCAACGGAAGUGGAUGAUAUUUGUUUCAACUAUGCCAAGAAAAAUGUGGAACAGAAUAACUUAUCUGAUCUCAUAAAAGUGGUAAAAGUGCCACAGAAGACACUCCUGAUGGAUGCUCUUAAAGAGGAAUCUGAGAUAGUCUAUGAUUUUUGCAUGUGCAACCCUCCCUUUUUUGCCAACCAAUUAGAAGCCAAGGGUGUUAACUCUCGGAAUCCUCGAAGACCUCCGCCUAGCUCUGUAAAUACAGGAGGCAUCACAGAGAUCAUGGCAGAAGGAGGGGAAUUAGAAUUUGUUAAAAGGAUCAUCCAUGACAGUUUACAACUUAAAAAAAGAAUAAGGUGGUAUAGCUGUAUGCUGGGAAAGAAAUGCAGUCUGGCUCCGCUGAAGGAAGAGCUUCGCAUCCAAGGGGUUCCUAAAGUCACCUACACUGAGUUUUGUCAAGGUCGGACAAUGAGAUGGGCCUUAGCUUGGAGUUUUUAUGAUGAUGUCACAGUACCAUCACCCCCAAGUAAACGAAGAAAAUUAGAGAAGCCAAGGAAACCCAUUACGUUUGUGGUGUUGGAGUCUGUGAUGAAAGAACUAUCCCUCAAAGCAUCGUCUUUGGGCUCUGAGUCAGUGGAAGGCAUAGUAGUUGUAACAACCUGGAUAGAAAAAAUUCUCACUGAUCUGAAGGUCCAGCAUAAACGAGUUCCCUGUGGAAAAGAAGAAGUUAGCCUUUUCCUGACAGCUAUAGAAAAUUCUUGGAUCCACUUAAGGCGAAAGAAAAGAGAGCGAGUGAGACAACUAAGAGAGGUGCCUCGAGCUCCUGAGGAUGUAAUCCAAGCCUUGGAAGAGAAAAAAUCCACCCCUAAAGAGUUGAGUGGUAGUCAAGAUGUGGUCCCAUCCCCCCAGGAGAGUGCCUUGUGUGGGCCUGCUGUGCUGGAAGAUGAGUCUGCCAUUUUUGGUGGCCACUGCCCAAGCCAGGAGUCACUGUGCCAGGAGGAAACCUCAGAAGCCAUGGAGGAUGAAAGGAGUGAGGAAAAGGGUGGGAUGGAGGUGGUGGAAGGUAGUAAAGGCUCUAGCAAUGGAGCCCAGGACUGGGAGGCUUCUGAACAUUUCAGCCACCCAGUGGCUGAGAAGGGGAAUCACCUGCAAGGAGCAGCUGGACAUUACCUGUUUAAGUGUUUGGUCAAUGUCAAGAAGGAAGUAGAUGAUGCCUUAGUUGAAAUGCAUUGGGUUGAGGGCCAGAACAGAGAUUUGAUGAAUCAGCUUUGUACCUAUAUACGUAACCAAAUUUUCAGGCUUGUUGCUAGUUAAUUCAAAACUUUUUACACAGUUAACAAAGUGUCUAUAUAGGGCUUAGGGGUAUACUGUAGUGGCAGUUUGUGCUUACUAUGCAGGAGACCUUGGGUUCAGUCCCUAAUGUCUAACAUCAGUUUUGUUGUUGUUGUUGUUGUUGUUUUGAGACAGGGGCUCCCUGUGGCCCCAGCUGUCCUGGAACUCAUUGUGUAGACCAGGCUGGCCUCAAACUCACAAAGAUCUGCCUGCCUGGGCCUCCCUGGUGCUGGGAUUAAAGGUGUGUGCCACCAUGCCCAGUAACUUUUUUUUUUUUGAAUCUAUAAGACAGUUGCUUUGAAGGAGGAGCCUGUGGGUUGGUUGGCCAGAGGAAUUUCACCACUGGCCCAUUAGUGAAAUCAUGUAGAAUCAUCCUAAAAAGCAGAAACUUAGCUGAGCAUGGUGUCUCUCAUUUUGAAUUCCAACUCUAGAGGGUGAGGCAGGAGGAUUGCUAUGAGCUUGGGGCCAGUUUGGGCUACAGAGAAUAACACUGUAAAUAAAAAGGAGAAAAGCAGAAAUUAAUCCAUUUUUAACCCCUUCCCCAUUAAAGUUAUGUGGAGUUGUAAUACAGUAGUUCAGAAAGAAGAAUUGUUACGAUCCAACAAUAAAAAGUCAUUGAUAAAUUCAGGAGGAGCUUAAAGCCAACUCUAGCUCUUCACCUAAGCUUUGGAUUGAUCCCCUGAGGCAAGAGGGGUUGAUAUGGCGUCUGGUCUGGGUCCAUACUGCCUUGGACAUCACGAGUCUUUAUCAUUGAGGGUUGCUUGAUGAAGAAGGGCAGUACAGCAGAGCAGAAGCCUGGGAACUGGGAACCCUCUUCUAGUUGCCUUCGGGACAACAUGCUUCCACAGCUACCUGUGAUUGAUUGGCCCAGUCUCCAGUAAGGAUAGCCAGAGUGUGAGGGAAAAAGCCUUGGUAAAGACAGGGAUAGGGCCAGUCUGGGGAACACCUGGGAAGCAGUACAUUCCUCACUCAAGGCUGUUGUGAUAUUGCCAUUUCAGGUGCAGAAUGGGGUUAGCAAAACUGUGAGGUGUGUCUGAGACACAACAAAAUAUACCUGUAGCCCCUCCUCCAGCCCAUUUAAAGUACUGUUUUAUAGCAGUUGUACUGCUGUAAGAUUUUUUUUUUUAAACAUGUGAAGUGGAUUAUCUUUUGUUUGUAAAAUAAGAGUAUUCAGAAUUGAAAACUAUUGUGUCUGAAUCCUGAAAUUGGGAAAAUAGUUUGAGAAAUGGAAUCAUAUCUGUAUGUAAUAGGUAACUUAAAAAAAUCUCAGUGGAAGAGCACUCACCCAGCACAUGUGAAGCCCUGGGUUCUUCCCUAAGUACCACAGAAAGAAGUGGGCAUCAGGGUCAGGUCUUAAAUGGUGACAUCUGAUUUGCUGUUGACCAUAUCCUACUUUUUUUCUUUUUUUUUUUAUUGUGUGCAUGUAUUGCCUGCAUGUAGGUGAGUGCACCCAUGUCCUGCAAUGCCUGAGGAGGUCUGAAGAGGCUGUCAGAUCCCCUGGGACUGGAGUUCAGACAGUUGUUAGCUGCCAUGUGGGUGUUGGGAUUUGAACCCAGGCCUUCUGCAAGAACAACCAGUGUUCUUAACCACUGAGCCAGCUCUCCAGCCCUCACAUCCUACUUUUUUUGUGGCUUUCCCUCAUCCUCUCCUUAUCUAAAACACAUUUCUAAUGGAAAUUCCAAGGUUCUGCAGAUACCUCUGGAAGAGAGCCUGUUUUGUUCUUUUGUCUCAGAAACUAUUGUGCUUGAUUUUUUUUUUUUUUUUUUUUUAAGCAUGCUGUGGUUCUGUUUGGACAAAAAUCUUUGAGUCUAGUGCCAGAGCUGUUUGGAAUCCAUAAAGUAGACUGGUGCUAGGGGUUGGAGAGAUGGCUCUCAGUGUUUAAGAGCACUUGCUGCUCUUGUAGAGAACCCAGGUUCCCAGCACCCACAUGGUGACUUGCAGUCGUCUAACUCUGGUUCUAGUGGAUCCAACGCCCUCUUCUGGCCUCCUGGGCCAGCAGGUAUACAUAUGUACAUACAAACAUGCAGACAAGACACUCAUACACAUAGAAAUAAAUACUCUUUAAAAAAGAAGACUUGGUACUAAGUGGUUAAACUCCCCCCUCUAAGAAGUGGCAGUGGUUUGGUCAAAGCUGGUGACUGUGGCAGCUAGAUCAGGCCCUAAGUAAAGGUAUUUUUUAUUUUUUUGGUCUUUUUGAGACAGGGUCUCCCUGUAGCCCCUGGCUGGCCUAGAACUCAUUAUGUAGACCAAGCUGGCCUUUAACUUAGAGAUUCACCUGUCCCUGCCUCCCAAGUACUAGGAUUAAAGGUGUGCACUACCACACCUGGCUAAGUAAAGGUGUGAGAAAAUAAAAAUACUUUGCCUCCCUGUAGCAGUGGAGUUCAAAGUUGGGAAAAAUAGCAUUUUAACCAUGCCCUCCAGAGACUCCAUAGGCUGCCUGUAUGUAUUUCUAAGAUUCUGGGAGCAUGUUUUUUGUUUUGCUUUGUUUUUUUCCUUUUUCCUGGGUCAGAAACUGAAAAGAUGAAGAAACACUGUUCUGUUCUAUCCGUUCAUUUGACAGGAUGAAGAUGCCAGUAU